CUGCUCAUAUUUAGGUACAUUCGCGAUAAGCCAGUGGCUCAGUUGCGGCAUGACGAGUUUCUCUGGUAUGCACAGGCGAAGUCUGCGGGCCUACUUAAUGUGAAGCUUCACUGUGAUACAGAGGAAGAAGUGCGAUUCAAAAGGACAUUGCUGCAAGAAUUUUUGACCGAUCAACCCUACUAUAAGGAUGAGUAUUCUCGAGUUGUAGAUCUCUGGAAUAAAGCAAGGGAAGAGGCAGUGAUUGUCUGUGUAAAUAGCUUUAUUUUGCCGGUAUUGGAACGCGAGGCACAUGGAAGACUGCUGCAGGAAUCGAGGGAUUACGUGAUUAAGGCAGGUUCUUUGAAUCCUAUUUCUCGCUGUUUUUUGCGAAAUGUACCUUCUCAAAGUACACAAAAUCUUUAUGAUCGUAUCAGGAUGGCAGCUUAUCGUAGCCCACAUGAAUACGGCGACGAUUCUGAAAAUGGAUUUACUGGUGGAACGAGGGUUCUGAGCAUUGCUUAUCCGGAGGAAAGAGGACAAGCAUCGUUUUGUGCUUUGCUCGAUCAGGAUGGCCAGGUUCUCGAUCAUCUGCGAUUAGUAAAUAUUACGAAAGGACUGAAUUCGAGGAGGCCGGGGGAAGCAGAUCUAAAGCGCCAAGAUUUGAAUUCUCUUCGUAAAUUCAUUGAAAAGCGUCGUCCUCAUGUGAUUGCAAUAUCUGGCGAAAAUAUGGAAGCGAUUUAUCUGCACCGUGAUAUCUCGUCA